GCCGUGGCCGGGCCGGAGGCGGCGUCCGUCGCGCCGCUGCGUGCGGUGUGGUGCGAGGCGGGUGCGCCGGGCGGCCGCGGCGCGGCGGGACCAUGGAGCUUGGAGCAGAGCCCCGGCGCUGGCGGCCGGACCGCGGAGCGCAUCAAGAACAUGCUUUACAGCUGCUCCGAAGGAAGAGAAGAAAAUUGUGUGCUGCUUUAGUUUUAAAUAAGUAAAACAGGAUGUAUAAAAUAGAGUAUCGCUGAAUGUUUUGAUUGCUGUUACUACUACUUAUAACUGAGCCAAAGUGGUGAUGCUACUUGAGGGGAAUUUCUGCAACCCAUAGUCAAUGAUAUAUGAUUGUGAGUCAUGCCUUUAGUGAAGAGGAACAUUGAGCCCCGGCACUUGUGCCGGGGAGCUCUGCCUGAAGGGAUUACCAGUGAACUUGAAUGUGUGACCAAUAGUACUCUUGCCGCCAUCAUACGCCAGCUGAGCAGUCUAAGCAAACAUGCUGAAGACAUAUUUGGUGAGUUGUUUAAUGAGGCUAACAAUUUCUACAUCAGAGCAAAUUCUCUUCAAGACAGAAUUGAUCGCCUUGCUGUCAAAGUCACCCAGCUGGAUUCAACAGUGGAAGAGGUCUCACUACAGGAUAUCAACAUGAAAAAAGCUUUCAAAAGUUCCACAGUCCAAGACCAGCAGGUGGUUUCAAAGAACAGCAUUCCGAAUCCUGUUGCUGAUAUUUACAACCAGAGUGAUAAGCCACCACCUCUGAACAUCUUGACACCAUACAGAGAUGACAAGAAGGACGGGCUGAAGUUCUAUACUGAUCCUUCCUAUUUCUUUGACCUCUGGAAAGAAAAAAUGCUACAGGACACAGAAGACAAAAGGAAAGAGAAAAGGCGUCAAAAGGAGCAAAAGCGUAUAGAUGGCACCACCCGUGAGGUGAAAAAGGUUAGAAAAGCCAGAAACAGGCGCCAGGAGUGGAAUAUGAUGGCAUAUGACAAAGAGCUUAGACCCGACAACAGGUUGUCUCAGAGUGUGUACCAUGGAGCGUCUUCCGAGGGAUCCCUGUCCCCAGACACUAGGUCACAUGCAUCGGACGUUACCGAUUACUCUUACCCAGCUACUCCCAACCAUUCUCUGCACCCCCAGCCGGUGACCCCUUCCUACGCAGCUGGUGAUGCGCCGCCACAUGGGCCUGCAAGCCAGGCUGGGGAGCAUGAGUACCGGCCCCCAUCUGCCUCGGCAAGGCACAUGGCUCUCAACAGACCUCAGCAGCCACCGCCACCGCCUCCCCCACAGGCCCCAGAGGGGUCCCAGGCCUCUGCACCAAUGGCUCCAGCAGACUACGGGAUACUCCCAGCGCAGAUAAUUGAGUAUUACAACCCGUCAGGACCACCACCUCCGCCCCCUCCUCCUGUGAUUCCCUCUGCACAAACUGCCUUCGUCAGCCCUCUCCAGAUCCCCAUGCAACCCCCAUUCCCCACAUCAGCCGGCUCCACGCACGCAGCUCCUCCUCACCCACCCUCCACUGGGCUCCUGGUCACAGCCCCACCACCCCCAGGCCCACCGCCUCCCCCGCCAGGCCCUCCUGGCCCCGGGUCUUCUCUUUCAUCCUCCCCGAUGCAUGGCCCCCCAGUAGCAGAGGCGAAGCGGCAAGAGCCUGCACAGCCACCAAUCAGUGAUGCUCGAAGUGACCUCCUUGCUGCUAUUCGAAUGGGAAUUCAGCUGAAAAAGGUGCAGGAGCAGCGGGAGCAGGAGGCCAAGCGGGAGCCUGUGGGGAACGACGUGGCCACGAUCCUGUCCCGGCGCAUCGCCGUGGAGUACAGCGACUCUGACGACGACUCGGAGUUUGACGAGAAUGACUGGUCCGACUGAGCAGGGGCCAGCGGGAGGCCGCGUGUGGGAGCGUGUUGAAGAUUUUAAGUGGUCUCCACACCCAAAUAUUGGUAUUCUAAUCCCGUAGCAUAGCACCUUUUGUAUAAAUAAUGUGAUAUUGCUUCUGCACAUCCAAAAAUUCUGGGUCUUUUCAGUAUUUACUGUGUAAUACUUAAGUGCCACUAAACAUAGCAAAUUGUGCUGCACAUGAGGAAUAGGCUGUCACUAUCGCAUUGUCCUGAAAACAGCAUCUGCUUUCCUCUUGGCCAUGAGAGUAUCUAGUGCAGUUUGGGUUUCCUCUUACUGAUCAAUAUAACUCUGCAGACUUGCUGUGUGUUUGUGAAGCUGCCUGGUGUUAGGUCUCUGCAAGACUAAUGACUAUGUCACAGUGAUGUCUUCCAACCAGUAAGUGAUAUUGUUUCACCAUUUUGGUUUUUUCUUUUCUUUUUUUAAAGGUGGUGUUUCUGAAGAAGUUGGUUUUAGAGGAAAAAGUUUAACAAAUAGGGAGAAUCAAAUGUUUCUGCUUUCAGUUUCUUGGCUUGGUGACCUCUGAGUGAAUCUGAAUGCUCUGCUGAAUAAUUUCAUUGCCUCUGCGCAUGCUUGUCAAAUAUGAAAUUGGAAGGGCCUUUUCAGGCUGGAUUCCCUGUGGGCAUUUGCUUUGUAAAUGCCUGUUGAUGGUUUUGCAAGAGAGUUCAGCAGCUCAACAGUAAUCGUGAAGAACAGGGUCCUUUUUCCUUCCGGGGCCAUUGGAGAUGAUACUCAGCUUACUGGCCAGCCCCUCCAGCAUGGCCACCAGCUGGCCGGAACAGAUGCAAGCAGUCCAUGACUCUGGGAGCUGUGCUGAUGAGCUGGGCUGAGCUGCGGUACCGGGCCUGGGCUGCACAGGAGCCCUGCUCCUUUAAUUUCCUGACAGCCACGUCCAGAGUGAGCCGCAGGAGUUCUUAGCUCCUCAGCAAGCAACAGAGAGCACUUUAGAUGGCACCUUAUGCCACCUGAUCGGAAUUUUGAAAGCUUAGGUUUAGGUGAAAGUAGAUAUUGACAGCUAUUCACUGUUGAUGGUGCUGGGGCCAGAUUAGGCAUCACUCCUGUGAGGAGGGCCUUCGCCCUGUCUGAGAAGCACAUGGUUCUCCUCUCUCCUGUUGUUGGCACAUUAAACGAUAAAGAGCACCUCAUGAGAUUCAUGCAGCACAGCACUGUGCCCUCACCUCCCCGCUUCCAUUGCUCCCACGUGGCAGUACCAGGGACCCAUGGGGAAACUGAAGAAUGAGAGCCUCUGUAUUUUGUAAUUCUGGUUGAAAGGUAACUAUUUGUGUAGAGUAAACAGGUGCGCCAGGCAUUGAUUAUAGGUAUGACUUGAAAAAUAUGCUAACACCCUCGACUUACUAAGGACCUUAACCUACCUAACAGAACUUCAUAUGCCUUGUGGUUAUGUUACUCAGUUAUGGUGAAGCGAAGAAUCCAGAGCUAAAAGUAGAGCUGUUUGAGGUGAUGGUAGGAGUGUGAACAGGAUGGUGACUCGGGGGUUUUGUUAAUGCAUCCGAGCAAGUCAGCCAGCCCCCAGGUCCCCUCAGUGUGUGUGUGUGUCUCGAGUGGACACCUAUUGGGCUUCUGGGCAGUGAUUGUACAAAGCCUGUCCUUUGGGUUCAGGUGUGUAGAUCUGAAUCCCUGAAAAGCCUCAUGUCUGCAUCCCCUUUUCAAGCCUGCUUCCCUGGCGUGUCUGUCUCUCCUCCGUCCCAGGUGCUGGGGGCGUGCUCUCUUCAGCAUCUCUUCCUAAAGCUGGUCACCACUAGGCUGUCCCUAUAAAUUCCUUGAAUAUAAAUAACAGUUAUUAAUGAACUUCUAAAUUUCUAAUUUCUCUCCCCUCCCCCCCCAGAAAGGGCCUACUGCAUUGGCAUUAUUCUUAGGACUUUUGAGACUUUUAAAGUCUUCCUUACUUGUCUUUCUUGUUGCUUUUGUAUUAGGAGUUCCCCAUGUGGGUCUAGAACUCCCAUUUGGUAAUGCUUCCUUGUUUUUUAAGGCCCUUCUGUUCUCAGGAUGGAGAGAACACAGAAGCUACUAUCCAUGCCAGGAUUUAUUCAUAUAUAUCUUAUUACAAUAAAAUUAGUGGCACUUUAUUCAUAAAUAUUCAUGAGCCUGUUAAUUAUUAGUUGUCUUCCUGUAGUUGAAUCAACAAGUUAUUUUCAACUCUAUUUUAUGACUUGUGAAAAGCGUUUGCCCUGUUGUGUUCCAUAACCUUUAAGAGAAUGGAAAAUGACUAAAAUCCAGUUUAGAUUAUUUUUAGAGUAUUUUUCCAGCAAAUUCAAUUUAUUCUGAAAUUUAAAUCCAGAUCUUUUCUAAUAUGGUAUUAUAUGAAAAGAAUAAAGUGAAGAUUUGAAUUUUCAGUUUCAUUUUCAAAAACCAUUUACCAAAACAAAUGGAGAAGAAACAUUUAAAAGCACAUUUCAUUUCUGUGAACUUCGUUUUAAAUUACAGUUAUAAAUCAUAAGGUAAUUUUUAAUUGUCCUCAUAUUACUUCUCCAGGUCUGUUUUAGUUUAAUGUCUUCUAAGCAUUUUUCUCAUAGCAUAGACGUAGGGAAGGGAUGGAAAGUCUGCCCAUUCCCCAGUGGCUGCACGCACAGGAGGCGGCGGAGCACAAGGCAAGUGAGUUUGCACUGUCAGCCCCAGACUGUAAGCUUGGCUGCACUGAUGUUUUCUUUACUAAGGAUACUAUCCAAAAUUAACAUUUUCAUCUCAGUAAAUUUUUAGAACAUCAGGAUGUUUUCUGAGCACCAAGUGGCUAGGUUGUAAAAGUUUUGUAAUAAUUUGCAAUUAAAAUACAUGAUACAUUUUAAUCCAUUAAAGACUAGUGGGAAUGUAUCAGCCAGAGUAGCAAGUAAUUUUUGUUUUAUAAAUUAGAGUAUCUGUCAUCUUGCAGUAUUACCAAUGCUGUUGUAAAUUGAAUUUAAAGUGGUAUUAAAAAAAAAAACUCCUGUUAAACAAUUUUUAUCUGUUUGUAUAUCUUACUAUAGAUUAUGUACAAGUAACAUCUAAAUAAAAUGACACUUUUAACCCUA